AUGAGAGUUGCGCCGCUUCUCACUUUGCGGGGCUGCAGUCCCGAGGCAUCCCAGGGGGCUGCCGUGGGGGCGGCUGCCUUCCUGGCGCCUUCGCGCCUGGCUGUAGGCGACACCGAGGGGAGAGUGUCUGUUUUGGACCUCGACACCAGACGGCCGUGUCUCGUUCUUCCUCCUUCGGACAAGGCCAGCGGAAGUCCCACGGACCCGGCAGCCAGGCGCGCGUCUCUCUCUUCUGCCUUGUCGUCUUCCUCCUGGUCUCCGUCCCCCGUCUUGCUUCUUGAGGCUCUCGGCGGCCGCACGUUGGAGUCGCCUGUUGGUGCACGUCUACCCACAAAGCGAUGCGAUGGCGAGGACACAGGUGUGGGAGGCGGAGUGACAGGCGUGGACAAACUGCUGGCUCACCAGCGGUCUUCCGCUGUGACCCUGUGGGACUUGGAGGCGCUGCGAGAGGAGCAGAGCUUCCGGACGGGAUCCUUCUCGUUUUGUCGUCUUGCGGUCCUUGGCGAUCCUCACAGCGGGGCCGAAGAGGCAGAGAAGGCAACGAGCGACUGCCAGAGAGAGGGCCCAGCGGAAUGUCCGAGCGAAGACUGCGGAGCGGAAUCCCUUUCCAGCUCCUCCACUUUGUCGCCUUCCGAGACGUCCUCACUGACUGCGGCGUUUUCCUCCUGUCUCGCGUCUCCGCCGCGCGCUCCGCCGCCUUGGCCCCAGUCUGCCGCCUCGACGGCUUCUCCCAGGCUCCCGCUCCUCGCCUGUCCGGUCGCUGAGGCUGAGGCGAUUGGCAUCUUCGAUCUCCGCGCGCGCCAGCAAACAGCCGUUGCGCGGCCUGCGCUUCUCCUCAAAAGGUCCCCCUUCGCCUCUCGAACUUCCGUCCCCAGCCUGCCUUGGGGGAUGGUCCAGGCGAUAGCCCACGUCCCGAAGCUAGCGUCGCCCCACAUUGUCGCCGCGUAUGAGCGCCCCUGCGUGGCGCUUUGGGAUCUCCGCCAGUCUCGCGCGCCUCUCUCUUCAGCGCCGCUUUCUUCUCGGGACGCGUCCCCUCCCUCUGCGCUGACUGUGCACCGCAACCAGUGCUGGGUAGGCUGUUUUGACGGCGAGCUCUCUGUCCUAAAGAUCCGCAAGUCCGGUGACCUCCACCUGCAAACGACUCUCCAUCUCUUUCCCGAGAAGAACCCAACGGGCCUUGGCUCCGUGUCUCUCGCCUCCACGAAGCUCUCUGCGCCCAGUCUCCCGCACCCUGAAGGCGACUUGGCGCGCUCGCGGCUACUGCUUUCUGCGGCCUUCCGGCCCGACGGCGCCGUUGUCGCGGUCGGCGCGAGUGACGGGGGCGUGCGUCUCUUCGAGGCAAAAAGCGCGCGGUGUCUGGGGACCUUGGAGGCCUCGAGGGGGUCGGCGAGCCAGGGCGACACGGCAGGCACAGCGAGCGUCAUAGCCUGGUGUCCCCGCAGCGGCGUGCUCGCCUCCGGAGGGGGUGUCGGGGGCCGCAUUGCUUUGUGGGGACUCUACACGGAGACCUUUCGAUCCGCCGAAAGCGCGGCGACACAGGCUCAGUAA